UGCUGGCUGUCGUUGUCAGCCGGAGGCGGAGGAAGAAGAAGAAGGACUAUUCGAAGUAGUUCACCAUAAUUCGAAGGACUAUUGAAAAUCGCCAUGGCGGACAAGGCUAAGCACGCUGCGCUCAUGGAAGAAAAGAAGCAGGUGGCCAUUAAGGUGAUCACAUCACUGUACCCUCGGAUCCCCAGAGUUACUACAAUUCUUCUCGAGUUCUACAUCCGACGAGAGGGCGUCAUCUCGUUGCAGAGGGAGCCACUGUCUCACUUCUCCCAGGAACAAAUAGUCCUCGCCGCUCUAGACGUCAAGGAAAAACUGAACCGUCAGAUCAUCACCUACCAGGAUAUGAGGGACACAACCGAGAACCUCUUCUGCUUGCACAGCAUGGUUUUCAAGAAGGACCAGGUCGUAGCCAAGGAACUCGGAGAUAGCUUUCGAAAGCUUAUCGUCAUCAUCCAAGAGUUAGCGGCGGCGUUAGAGAAGGUGUCUGAAGUGUCACCGACGGAUUGGAUUGCCAUGGGCGACAACGUUGUCUUAAGGACGAGAAACCUUAACGUGGCUGGAGUGAAGCCCUUCUGGUCUUAUAUUCCCAGAAUGAGGGAUUUCGAGUGCCUUAAACUCCUCGGGGCCGGCGGCUUUGGUGCUGUGUAUAAGGCAGUCCACAGAGCAAGUGGCCUGGUCUGCACGAUGAAGCUAGUUUCCAGCGACAGAUUUUCCAGGCACAAGUUGGCAGUAGCUGACAAGAUCGUUGCCUCCAUCAUUCGAAGCCCCUUUCUCGUGAAAUACUACUGCUGCUUCGUGGUGAAGGACGCCAUGGUAACCGUUAUGGAAUACAUCGGGGGCGUUGACAUGAGUCGCGUGUGUGAAAGAGUUUACUAUCUACCAACGAAUGAGUGCCGGAUAGUGAUGGCACAACUGAUUCUAGCAGUGGAACACAUGCAUCUGCGUGGCUUCUUCCAUCGCGAUAUCAAGGUGGCAAACAUGAUGAUUCUACCCGGAGGACGCUGUAAACUGAUUGACUUCGACACCAACAAACAAUGCGUUGGUCUCUUUUCCAAACGUUGCACGAAAGGCUACUUCUUGAAAACACCUUUUGAGUUCAACGACGGGGAGUCUGCAGGUACCGUGCCGUACAUGGCUCCGGAGAUAUUGAAGCGGAGGCCUUACGGACGCGCCUGUGACUGGUGGUCGUGUGGAGUGACGUUCUACAAGUUGAUGACGGGUCGGGUACCUUUUCGAGGUGAUACGAAAGCGGAGGUGCGAGACCGCAUCAUCAAUUCACCGCUCAAGUGGCCAAAGCCAGAAGAAUUCCCUCUGUGUAACAGCCCAGAUGGGAAGGACUUGGUGUUCAAGCUGCUUAAGAAGAACCCCGUCGAGCGUCUCGGCUCUGGGCAUUAUGCGGAUAUCAAAACUCAUCCCUUUUUUGAUAAGUUCAACUGGAAAAAACUGAGCACCUCCAAGGAGGUCUGCGACAUCCGAGCCGUUGCUGAGUGUAUGGGAGGCACUACUGACAAAAAGGCUGUCGAUCAACGCCUCACUGUCGCUGCUUCCACUGAGACAAUGAAGCGCGAAUUGCUGAGGAUUGAAGACAUGGUUGACGUUGAUCCGCAGUCGCAACUGCCUCUCUACACCUUUUUGACGCCAAGCUUCAAGAGGCUGGUGGACGAGUACAAAGCGAAAGGCCGGUUGCACGUGAACCCGUCUUACAUGAAGACCAGUAGUGGUCUCUCCCAAGAAAUCGACUACAGGAAGCCGUCGGAAGUAGAUGCAGUUGUUGGUAUUACCGGAUAUACGCAAGCCACCAGCGCAGUGGCAACUCCAGAUAGGAGUGGAAUUCGAGUCAAGGAGAAACUGGACGUCCUCCUCUUCCGACAGAGGGCUAUGGGAAAGUUCUGGGGCUUCGGCAUCAUGCUUGCCAAAGUCGUUGGAGAGCAACACAGGGACUUUGUCAUGGUCGAGAAAGUGAAGAAAGGCAGCCCUGCAGAGGCGGCGCACGUCCUCGAAGGUGACUUUGUGGUAGCUGUGAACGGUCGGGACAUCACUUCCCUAGGCCUGUCGCAAGUGAGGACCAUGAUCCAGGACUCUGGUGACCAAGUCGUGCUGACGGUGCUGUCUUCGAGCGCGUUCCGUCUUCUCGAGAGACGCCGAGACUUAGAGAAGAUUCUGAAGACAGCCGGAAAAGAGACCCUGACGAUCCGUGCCGUCAGGACCAUGUGCUGUGGAGCAGGGUCCUACGGCUUCCAGACGUUCGAGGCGAGGGUAUGGAACGAGGAGAAGAAACAGCUUAUUCGCUGUCACAUCAUACAGAAGGCUGAAGACGUGCAGGUGGUGACACCCGGGAAGGCCAUCUACCCAGGAGACAUCCUGGUCAUGGUAGAUGGUGUUCCAGUGGACCGGAUGAACACGACUGCGGUGAAGUCUGCGUUCGUUAAGGGCAACAAGGCCGAGUUGUUCAUCACCAUCUCGCCUAUCUCGCCACUGCGCGUGACCAGGCCGUCCUUCACGAGGUUGCGUGACACCGUCGCGGUAGCCACGGCGAGGAACACAGCGACGACAAAUAAUUAAGUCCCAGCGUUGAAUCAUGGUGGCCCGCCGAUGGCCGUUUCGUGAACUGAGACAACAAUGGAGGCGUCCUACGGCACGCCGGUGGCGGAUUUUGUGUAGCGUGUAUCCAUCUUACAUCGCCUAUGGAACGAAGUAUUGUAACGUAGAGGUGUGCGGGCGUUCCGUAUAGAAUCCCUGAAAUAUUCAUGGCAUCUACGUACCACUCCUGUGCUUGCUGUAGUACUGUCACUGGGCUUAACAGUUAAUUUUAGUAAUACUAAUGAUUAAAACAUACUAUA